CCGUCUUGUUCCGUGCGACGGGUGCAGCAGCCCAAGCAGAGAAGCCCAGUCAAGUCAAGACACGGUGGUAAGAAAUAAAGUUCCUGGUAAGAUUCCGGGGUCUCCGCAGGUGACCACCAUGAGGAGCGCGUUUGUCGCCGGGCUUCUUUGGCAGCUUCUCGCCGCCUCCUUCUGCCAGUUCCCGCGCCCGUGCGCCAACUCCGAGGGCCUGCGGACCAAAGAGUGCUGCCCGGCGUGGGCCGGGGACGGCUCGGCCUGCGGCGCCCUGUCGGGCCGCGGUUUCUGCGCCGACGUGGAGGUGUCGGAGGAGCCGCACGGGCCGCAGUACCCGCACAGCGGGGUGGACGACAGGGAGCGCUGGCCGCUGGCGUUCUACAACCGCACCUGCCGCUGCGCCGGGAACUACGGCGGCGCCGACUGCGGGGAGUGCCGCUUCGGCUACCGGGGGGCCAACUGCGCCGAGUACCGGGAGUCGGUGCGCAGGAACAUCAUGAGCCUGUCGGCGGGCGAGCAGCAGAAGUUCAUCUCCUACCUGAACCUGGCCAAGAACACCAUCAACCCGGACUACGUCAUCGCCACGGCAACCAGGUGGGAGAUGGGCGAGAACGGGGAGACCCCCAUGUUCUCCGACAUCAACUCCUACGACCUGUUCGUGUGGAUGCACUACUACGUGUCGCGCGACGCCCUGCUGGGGGGGGCGGGCAACGUCUGGGCCGACAUCGACUUCGCCCACGAGUCCGCCGCCUUCCUGCCGUGGCACCGCGUCUUCCUGCUGCACUGGGAGCAUCAGAUCAGGAAGAUGACGGGGGACUUCAACUUCACCCUCCCCUACUGGGACUGGAGGGACGCCGGCUCGUGCCAGGUGUGCACCGACCGCUUGAUGGGGGGGCGGAGCUCCGUCGACCCCAACCUCAUCAGCCCCGCCUCCGUCUUCUCGUCGUGGAAGGUCAUCUGCACUCAGCCGGAGGAAUACAACAGGCGGGAGGUGUUGUGCAAUGCCACCGGGGAGGGGCCGCUGUUGCGUAACCCUGGCAACCACGACACCAGCCGCGUGCAGCGACUCCCGACGUCCACCGACGUGGACUUCACCGUGGGCCUCCCCCAGUACGAGACCGGUACCAUGGACCGAUUCGCCAACAUGAGCUUCAGGAACGUCCUUGAGGGUUUUGCCAGUCCUGAGAGCGGCAUGGCGGUCCAGGGUCAGAGCACCAUGCACAACGCCCUGCACGUCUUCAUGAACGGCUCCAUGUCGUUCGUGCAAGGGUCCGCCAACGACCCCAUCUUCCUCCUGCACCACGCCUUCAUAGACAGCAUCUUCGAGCGCUGGCUCAGGACCCACCAGCCCACACGGACCGCCUACCCGCUGGCCAACGCCCCCAUCGGCCACAACGACGGCUACUACAUGGUGCCCUUCAUGCCUCUGUACCGAAACGGAGACUACUUCCUGUCCAACAAGGCCAUGGGAUACGAGUACGCCUACCUGCUGGACCCGGGUCAGAGGUUUGUGCAGGAGGUCCUGAACCCUUACCUGGAGCAGGCCCGGCAGAUCUGGCAGUGGCUCCUGGGAGCCGGCAUCCUGGGGGCGCUGGUCAGCGCCGCGCUGGCGGUCCUGGCCGUCGUCGCCAGGAGACGGUGGAGGCGGAACCGGAGGCGGAAGAGGGGGUCCAUUUUUGGGGAGCAGCAGCCGCUCCUACAGAGCAGCUCUGAGGAAGGCUCGGCGUCUUAUCACACCACUCUGUGACACACACACACACACACACACACACACACACACACACUAGGCACUGAAGAACUGUGGGACAUUUUCCUGGAUGGAAUGCUUACAAUGCUAACUGGACGCACAAUGCUAACAACACGGCCCAUGGUCACAGCUGCGACUGUCUCUAAGACCUGCCUCGUCAAUAACACCCCGCUACAUUGGUGAGCCUUCGGUGUGAGCGGUGUCACAAGACGAGACGUUGUCGUACCGAUGCGCCACUUAAUGCUAACAAUGCUAACUGGACGCGCAAUGCUAACAACACGGCCCUAAGUCGUAGCCGUGACUGUCAAGUUUUACAUCUUCGACCCCUGCCUGGUCAAUAACACACCCCCACAGAGGACUCUUAAAGUUAAAGUACCAAUGAUAGUCACAAACAUAUACAUAU